AUGGACAAAUAAUAUGGAUUUAAGAAAACAAAAAUUGGAAAGUAUAAAAUUUUGGAUGUUAUUGGUUCAGGAACUGAAGGAAAGGUUUAUAAGGCUGAGUGUGCAAAGAAAUAUUUUGCAUUAAAAGAGAUAAAACAAUGCUUUAAAAUUAAUUUGAAAAUUUAUGAGAAUAUAAAUAAAAAUGAAAAUUUAGUGCAAUUUAUUGAAACAUUUGAUGACAAAUAAAUUUCUUAUGAAGUUUUUGAAUUUUGUGAAGGUGGUAAUUUAACAUAAUUAUUGAAAAAAUAAAAAUUCGAUGAAAAUUCUACAAUAUAAUUUAUUAAAUAAUUCUGUAAUGGCUAUAAAGAAUUGUUUAGAAAUAAUAUUAUUCACAGAGAUAUCAAGCCAGAUAAUAUCGUAUUUUCAAAUAAUUAAGCUAAAAUAGCAGAUUUUGGAUUUGCAAGAUUUGUUCUAAAUCCAGACAUAAAGUAAGAAUUGUCAGUUAAAUGCUCACCAUUAUAUGCUUCUCCUCAACUGUUUGAAUCAUAUUUUUCAUCCAAAUGCGAUGUUUGGUCUUUAGGUUUGAUCCUCUAUUUGAUUGUAUAUGGAUUCUUACCAAACGAAUCAGCAAAAUCAUUAUCCGAUUUAGAAGAUUUCUUUACAGAAGUAAAACAAAAUAGACUACCUUUCCCUUAAAAUAAUAUGCCUUCUAUUGUUAUGCUGAUAAAAUAAAUGCUAAGAUAUUCUGAAGAUGAUAGGAUAAGUUGGGUACAAAUAUUUGAGCAUCCAUUAAUUUCAUAAGAUAGUGAACAAGAAGGGUAAGUAUAUUCACCAAGAAGCAUAGAAUAAUUCAAUAUGUAAAUAUAUUUUGAAAACAGAAUUUAUUAAAUUUAAGUAUUCAAUUCCUUAAUAAAUAAAUAAUAAAGUGAUCUUGAAUAAACAUUAAUAAUUUUAAAUUUAUGGUUAAUUUAUAUUCACAAAUUGCAAGGCUAAAUUAAUGGAAAAAUUAUAAUCAAGCAUUUUGAGAAAAAAUAAUAAAGUAAAUAUUUUAAUAAAAUUAGCCUUCAUAAAUGGAAAUCAAUCAAAAAACUUAAGAGCUAUCAUUAAGGAGUAUCAAAAUAUAGUUGAAAGUUAGAUAAAGUUUAUCAAUCUUAUGGAUUAACAAAAAAAGAGCAUUUUUUAGAUGAAAAAUUAAAAAAUUCUUAAAUUAAAUGGAUUUGAUGACAAAGAACAAAUUUAAUUGUUGGAUUGUUCUUUAGACUAAAAAGAAGCAUUGAAAAAAAUUUUUCGCAAUUUAAAAUGAAAAUUUUCUUACUUUUAAUUCGUAUUAGNAUAAAAUUUUGGAUGUUAUUGGUUCAGGAACUGAAGGAAAGGUUUAUAAGGCUGAGUGUGCAAAGAAAUAUUUUGCAUUAAAAGAGAUAAAACAAUGCUUUAAAAUUAAUUUGAAAAUUUAUGAGAAUAUAAAUAAAAAUGAAAAUUUAGUGCAAUUUAUUGAAACAUUUGAUGACAAAUAAAUUUCUUAUGAAGUUUUUGAAUUUUGUGAAGGUGGUAAUUUAACAUAAUUAUUGAAAAAAUAAAAAUUCGAUGAAAAUUCUACAAUAUAAUUUAUUAAAUAAUUCUGUAAUGGCUAUAAAGAAUUGUUUAGAAAUAAUAUUAUUCACAGAGAUAUCAAGCCAGAUAAUAUCGUAUUUUCAAAUAAUUAAGCUAAAAUAGCAGAUUUUGGAUUUGCAAGAUUUGUUCUAAAUCCAGACAUAAAGUAAGAAUUGUCAGUUAAAUGCUCACCAUUAUAUGCUUCUCCUCAACUGUUUGAAUCAUAUUUUUCAUCCAAAUGCGAUGUUUGGUCUUUAGGUUUGAUCCUCUAUUUGAUUGUAUAUGGAUUCUUACCAAACGAAUCAGCAAAAUCAUUAUCCGAUUUAGAAGAUUUCUUUACAGAAGUAAAACAAAAUAGACUACCUUUCCCUUAAAAUAAUAUGCCUUCUAUUGUUAUGCUGAUAAAAUAAAUGCUAAGAUAUUCUGAAGAUGAUAGGAUAAGUUGGGUACAAAUAUUUGAGCAUCCAUUAAUUUCAUAAGAUAGUGAACAAGAAGGGUAAGUAUAUUCACCAAGAAGCAUAGAAUAAUUCAAUAUGUAAAUAUAUUUUGAAAACAGAAUUUAUUAAAUUUAAGUAUUCAAUUCCUUAAUAAAUAAAUAAUAAAGUGAUCUUGAAUAAACAUUAAUAAUUUUAAAUUUAUGGUUAAUUUAUAUUCACAAAUUGCAAGGCUAAAUUAAUGGAAAAAUUAUAAUCAAGCAUUUUGAGAAAAAAUAAUAAAGUAAAUAUUUUAAUAAAAUUAGCCUUCAUAAAUGGAAAUCAAUCAAAAAACUUAAGAGCUAUCAUUAAGGAGUAUCAAAAUAUAGUUGAAAGUUAGAUAAAGUUUAUCAAUCUUAUGGAUUAACAAAAAAAGAGCAUUUUUUAGAUGAAAAAUUAAAAAAUUCUUAAAUUAAAUGGAUUUGAUGACAAAGAACAAAUUUAAUUGUUGGAUUGUUCUUUAGACUAAAAAGAAGCAUUGAAAAAAAUUUUUCGCAAUUUAAAAUGA